AUGACUCGGACACCACCCCAACCUGACACUGCCACUGACAUUGCACACGACACCUUUCCCACUCCCACUGCCGCCGCCCCUCGUCGUCGUCGUCGGUCCCGUGCUGCGCGCUCUCCCUCCCUCACGAGCAGCAAGCGCUCUCCGUCGCCUAUCGUCUCGUUCUCGCCUUCCGCGGAGAACGCCAAGGGCGUCAAGAACAUCACGCGAAAAGUCAUCAAGACGCUUGAGGGGCUCGGACAUCUUGACGUGGUGGAUAUGGUUACUUAUGAGGAGGGUGAUGAGGAGGAGAGAAGGGUUGAUAGGGAGGUUGAGGAGGUGUUGUAUGAGCUCGAGAGGGAGGAGAUUAGGAGUGCUGGUGCUAAACCUGAGACUAACGGCUAUUCACACCACUUGACGACGGUGAAUGGGAAUGGGAAUGGUGCUCUGAAUGGGGGCUCGGUGGAUAAGACGAAGAAAGUGGAUUUGGAGAUACCGAGGAAGGUGUUGCAUGCGUCCAUUGGGUUCUUUACGCUCUACCUAUACAUUUCAGAGGGCGACGCGCGAAAGAUUACUCUGGCCCUCUGGACAGCCCUAGCCAUCAUCGUGCCGGCCGACUUGCUACGUUUCCGUUCACAACGUUUCGAACGGACGUAUGAACGUUUCUUAGGAUUCCUCAUGCGCGAAAGCGAAAAGAACUCAGUUAACGGCGUGGUGUGGUACAUCCUCGGAGUCAACUUCGUCCUCUCCCUAUACCCACAAGAUGUCGCAACCGUAGCCAUCCUCAUUCUCUCAUGGGCCGACACAGCCGCGUCCACAUUCGGCCGCCUCUACGGCUCCAGCACACGCAAGCUUCCAGCACGCCUCCCCCUCCUCCGCCUCCCCUUCGCUCCGCGCAAGUCGCUCGCAGGGUUCACCGCAGCUUCUAUCACAGGCGCCGUGAUCGCCGUCGGCUUCUGGAGCCUCGUCGCACCUUUCCGGAAUGGAGGGCGGGACGUGACCUGGGCGCUGGAAGGUGGUGUCCGCGCCGCGGGACAACAUCUUGGUGGUGGUGGAUGGGCCGGACUGGCUCUUAUUGGGUUGGUGGCGGGUGUUGUUAGUGGUGUUGCGGAGGCUUUGGAUUUGGGGUCGUUGGAUGAUAAUCUGACGUUGCCCAUCAUCUCAGGAGGGUGUAUCCUCGGCUUUUUGAAGCUGCUUGGGAUGGUUGCAUCUUGGUUCUCAUGA